AUGGUCCCACUGGCUGAUCUCCUGGAGCAAACCCUGGAGCUCAUUGGAACCAACGUCAAUGGGAACCCAUAUGGUAAAUGUGACAUACAGUCCACGUCCUACACUGUACAUGCACACUUGCACUUCUAAAAGUGCCCCCUUAGCAAGAGAAUAUAAAUUGUUUGUGUGUCGUUUUCUGAUGGGGAUAGGAAGUAAAAAGCACCCAGUCCAAGUGGCGGUGGCCGUGGGAGUGUGUGCUUCAGGAACCCUCCCCUGCUGGACUACCAGCAGCUAUGUUCCUGGUUCCAGGACCGCCAGGAGGGCCGUGUGGAGGGGAUUGUCUGGCACUGUAAUGACGGCACACUGGUGAAGGUAUAAGGUCUCUAGUCUAGACCCCAUCUGAACUACCUAUUAUACCGUGGUAUAUAACAGUAUGACUACAACCAGUCUUUCCCCCAUAAUUUUGCCUUUUUGUUUUUGAGUGUUGCUCAAAUUUACAUUGUGUCCUGUUUUUCUUUUAGAUAUUUAUUCAUUUAUUUUCACAAAUUGUAACCUUCAAAUUAUUGAAAUGUUUUUGUUUAGGCCAGGUGAGGGUCUUUGACAUUUAAAGUGGUAAAACCAGUUUGAGUGUGUGUGUGUUUGUUUUCCUGUAGCUUCAUUGUCAUCACUUGGGGCUGAGAUGGCCGGACGGGGACACCUAAUCAAAAGGGAACCAUUCGGCUCUCCCAGAAGCUUCGCUGGUGCGUAAAACAUGUGAGGGUGCAAUGGGUCCGCACUCAAAAAGAUGUGGCAUAAAGCUUACGGGGACACCUUUCUGAACGCCUGGCCUGUGGUCAUCCAUGUUGACGGGACCAUACGGGAGUAUAAGAUCACCCGCAAGGACUUAUUUACAUGUCUCUCCCAGUUAAACAGACAUCGCUUCAGCAGGCUGCAGGACAUCCAGUUUGACCCUUAA